AUUAUGUUUUAAUCCUUGUGUUUUAUUAUUGUUUGUUCCAGCUCUCGUGUAUUUAUGCCAUACUGUUUGGAAUAAAAGACGUUUUUUGCUCAUAAAUUAUAAAUAUGACAUAUAAAGCUGGACCACAGCGGGUUUGUUAUCGCACCCCCUACCCGGCUCCCCAGUAAGUUACGUUUUAGCGGAAGACGUAGCGUAGCCACUGCAUCUCAGCUUUGCAUUAGUGGUAAGAUUUACUUUGACGAGACUGGUGCUUCCCAACUUAAUCUCUAACCGUGUUGUGCUACGUUCCCCCCACGGCUCGUGAUGGGAACUGCACGCUCUGAAACAUGCUUGAUAACAGGAGGAUGUGGAUACUUCGGCUAUCGCUUGGCAGCCCACCUGCAUAAAAACGGAGCCAAAGUCAUCCUGUUUGACCUCAUCCCUCUGAAAGGUGACAUGCUGGAGGGAAUUACGUUUGUCCAAGGAGAUAUUUGCAACUAUGCGCAAGUGGUGAGUGCCGUUUCGGGCGUCGACUGCGUGUUCCACGUAGCGUCCUACGGCAUGUCCGGCAGGGAGCAGCUGAAGCGGCUUCGCAUUGAAGAGGUGAAUGUGGGCGGGACCCGGAACAUCUUGGACGCAUGCAUUCAGUGUGGCGUACCGCGGCUUGUCUACACCAGCACUUUUAACGUGGUCUUUGGAGGGCAGGAGAUCCGAAAUGGAGACGAGAAUCUCCCGUACCUGCCGAUCGAUCUCCACCCGGACCACUAUUCCCGGACUAAGUCCAUAGCGGAGAUGGCUGUCCUCAAAGCUAACGGAACGGCACUGAAGGACGGUUCCGGGGUGCUGAGGACAUGCGCUUUGCGCCCGGCUGGAAUCUACGGGCCCGGGGAGCAGCGCCACCUCCCCAGGAUUGUGGGGUACAUCGAGAAAGGGAUCUUUAGGUUCGUUUACGGGAAAGCAAACAGUUUGGUGGAAUUUGUCCACGUGGACAAUCUAGUGUCGGCGCACGCGCUCGCAGCUGCAGCUCUGACUGACCAGAAGCAUCACCGCGCCGCCGGCCAGGCCUACUUUAUUUCCGACAGCCGUCCUGUCAACAACUUUGAGUUCUUCAGACCCCUGGUGGAAGGUUUGGGGUACCCUUUUCCAACGCUGCGCCUCCCCAUCACCUUGGUUUACUUCGCCGCCUUCCUCAUUGAAACAGUCCACCGCGUGGUGGCACCACUCUACGAUUUCCAGCCACUACUGACCCGCACUGAGGUCUACAAGACGGGCGUGACGCACUACUUCAGUACGGCCAAGGCCCAGUCCCAUCUGGGUUUCCGGCCCAAGGAGUAUGACCUGGAUGAAGUGGUCCAGUGGUUCCGGAGCAGGGGGCAUGUGAAGAAAUGGCAAAGCUCUGGCGCCAGUCGGCUGGUGGUGAACCUUCUGGUUGUUGCUGCUUUUAUGACCGUGUUGCUCUCUUUUUUACCAGUUGCCGGCAGCUGAUGGUGUUCAAGUAUGUCAUAGAAUUUCAAAGCACAUAUAAGGUGCAUUUUUCCUCACCAUUUAAUACAGUUCUCAGGUGUUUGAAUAAUAUUACAGGUUUAUUUUUAAUAGUAAACCUCUGCUGUUCAUGGGGAAGUGGACCGAGCCCUGCCACAAAUUGCUUUAAAAAAAAUGUACCUCUAAAUGUGUAGGAUUUGCGAUAUUAUUUAAAACAUAAUAUACCUUAAACCACAACUUGAAUUCCAUAGUUUAAUGUUUCAAACUCAUUAUAUAGCCAUUCAUCCAUUUUCCGAACCGCUUUAUCCUCACUAGGGUCGCGUGGGGUGCUGAAGCCUAUCCCAGCUGUCAUCGGGCAGUAGGCGGGGGACACCCUGAAUUGGUUGCCAGCCAAUCGCAGGGCACACAGAGACGAACAACCACCCGCGCUCACAUUCACACCUUGGGGCAAUUUAGAGCGUUCAAUCAGCCUGCAACGCAUGUUUUUGGAAUGAGGGAGAGAAACCGGAGUACCCGGAGAAAACCCACGCAGGCAGAGAACAUGCAAACUCCACACAGGGAGGCCAGAGCUGGAAUCAAACCCGGUACCUCUGCAUUGUGAAGUCAACGUGCUAACCACUGGACUACCGGGCCGCCCCUCAUUUUAUAGCAUUGCCCUAAAAAAAUGGCUUCCAGAUUCCAGAAAAAUGCACCAGAAGUGUGUGUACAGUUAGUUAUAAACUGUCUCCACACCCAUGAUAUUUAAAAAAAAAACAUUUCUUAAUCUCAAUCGUUUUUGAGUUUGUAUAGCUCAAUUGGGGGGAAAAAAUAUUUGGGCGAGGAUGUAUCAGAGGAAAAAAAAGACAGUUGCACGUGUGUGCACAUCUUAUGAUGGGUGCUCUCCACAUACUCCAGCUACCUCUCUCAGUCCCAAGAAAAUAAUUCAUAUCAUGUCAAUCAUAGACUGCAAAGUGUCUUGUACUAAAUGCCCCAAUGAACCUUUUGUUUUUCAAACUAAGAACCUUUGAAUAAAACUGUCAUUCAUUCAU